AUGUCAGACCAUCGCCUUAGAGCACAAGCAGAAAAACGAAAACAACGUCUGCGUCAUCAGUACAGCAAUGCCGGGGCUCUGGUCGGCAGGAGUUCAAAUCUGGUUUCAAGAACAUCUAUUGACCUUACAAAAACACAGCAGGUAGCCAAACAAUGUAAUGAUAGGGAGAAGGAAUUACCGGCGAAACAGGAAAUUAGCUUUGGAAAGAGUCAAGUUGAAAAGCAUGGAGGUGAGUAA